AUCACACAGUUUUAAACAUUUUGUUUAAAAGAUGCCAACCCUGAAAAUAUAUAGUAUACAAGGUGUAUAAAAACGAGUGGUUUUACACUACUUAAAUAUGCAAAAAAAAUGAUAUUUGAAAAAUAAGCAAAAAAGUUUCAUAUGAAUUAUAAGGUUUUAAAUAGCGCAUAGCAUGGUAAUAAUAAUAGUGUGACUUUGUAUACUAUUGUCAAACUCACAUAAAAGUCACUUUGAUAUUUUUAAAUGGAAACUCCAAUAUUUUAUGGCAUAUUCUUAUAGCUGACUCUAAGAGUUUUUCAAAACUCUAUAAUAAAGUUUUCUUAAGUAAAUACUUUUCGAGUUAUAAGACUCGAAAUUACAGUACGCCAACAUUAACAUAAAAGUGUACUCUAGUAACAUUUUCUGCAGAGCAGAAUCUGUGUGCAGUUAAAUGCAGCAAAACUGAGUCAAAUGUGCAAGAUUGUUCUCAAUAUGAUCUUGUUGACAGUCUGUCAACAAGAUUCGUAUAAUGUACAUAUAAUUGAAAGUUUGCAGAUACUUGCUGCAGAAAUUGAAUUUACUUGAAGCAGAUUCUUUCCCGAACUGCAGUCUGUAAACAGAUUGCUGCAAUUCUUACAGCAGAUACGUGCAAGUUUUUUGCGAGAAUCUGCCUUACAGAAUCUUUCAGAGGACUUUAACAGAAUGAGGAAACAGAUCAUAACGUCCUGCUAGUAGAAUUUGUCAAGAUCUGCUACAAGAUUUACAGCAGUCUUGCAACUAUAAGGUAUUGCCUGAUCGGAUUUAUAUGUGUAUGCGUGCGCGUAUAGCCGUGUGUUUGUAUUUCUCCCUCUCACUCUCAGGGUUGGCAUUUUGUCCACUUUUUUUCAUUUUUUUCGGGGCACUGGAAGAAAAUGGACAAAAUGGACAAAAUGAACGAAACGGACGAAAUAAAGUCGGUAAAACAGAAAUCGAUGAAUGAGACAUAUCGAUUAACACCAAUGUUGCAACUUCGUUUUUUUUCUAGCCACACGACAGACACGACACAUGUGCUGUAUUUUAGGUUAGAUUUCUUAUUUCUGUUUACCAAGGUGAAAAGUAUUAUUUAUUUUACUUAUUAUUUUGUGCUUAAAAUUAUUUUAAAAUGGAAAAUGAGCCAGGGCUAAGCAAUUCAUCGUCUACUUCUUCUGUUUCUAUUAUUUCUGUUGACUCAAAAAAAUCAAGAAUUAGCGGCACCGGCUUUGGUAGAAUUGGUAGAAAAAAAGAUUCAAUCAGAAAACAUUUUUAUGAAAUAACUAAAGGAACAAAAACAAUUUUGAAGUGCCAGGUGUGCGAAAAUGAAGUAAGUAAUAAGGCUUGCCGAUUAAGGAAGCACUUUGAAAAAUGUACUAAAAAACAAGAUGCAAAAGAAAAUAUAUGUGAUUCAACGGAGGGUUCAUCGGGUUCAGAAACUGAAGAUUCUAAUAAUCCAGCAAUCAAUAUUAGCCGAAAGCGUAGGAAUCCUGAUGUUCAAGUACAAAUUCAACAACUAAAACAACAAAAAUUGAAUCAAUUCUUACUUAAAACAACCGAAACUGAUAAACAAAAACUCGAUUUAUCCUUAGCAUCUUACUUUUAUUCUUCUGGUGUACCUUUCCGACAUUCUGAAAAUUUUUAUUUUAAAAAAAUGAUAAGUGAUUUAAGACCGGGAUACACUCCACCUAACAGAAAAAAACUAGCUGGCGAAUUAUUAAAUAAAAUUUAUAACAAAACCCAGGAAGACGCAAAAAAUCAUUUAAAUGGUAAAUCGGUUACACUGAUACAAGACGGUUGGUCUGCUAUUCAUAACGAACCAGUGAUAGCAAGUUGUGUCUCUGAUGGUGAAAAAUCUUUCUUUUUGUCAUCGUAUGAAACUGGUUCUAACCAAAAAACGAGUAAAUAUUGUCUUGAUUUGGCUGUGAAAGACAUUAUGGAAGCAGAAAAUAGGUUUGGAUGUACUGUAAAAAGUUUUGUGUCCGAUAAUGAAGCUAAAAUGAAAAAAAUGCGCAGUGACCUCCAAAAGAAGCUUAACAAUGAAUCUGACUUUUAUUUUAUUAUUAAUGGCUGUGCGGCGCAUUUUUUAAAUUUAUUAUGUGGCGAUAUUUGUAAACUUUCUAAUGUUAAAACUAUAAUUAAACAAGUUGUAGAAUUAAGCAAAUAUUUUAGAAACAACCAUGCAGCUAAAGGUCUCUUAGCCGAGUUUCAAAAUUUUCGUAUUCCACAGUUACCAGGAGAAACCCGCUGGAACAGUGUUAUAGAAUGUUUAGAGGUUUUUGUCAUUAACCGUGAUUUUUAUCUAAAAAUUGCUGAAAACCACGAGGAAAGCAUUGAAAAAAAUAUAAUUGAUAUUAUUCAAAACAUUGGUCUUAUGAAAGAAGUAAAGUCGCUUAUAACUCAAUUAAAACCAAUUCGAGCAGCCUUAAAUAAAUUACAGUCAGAAAAUGCCACUCUUUCAGAUACUUUAACCGAAUUUUUAAAGUUAAAAGAAUUAUCCACAAAUGACGUUCUGCUUCCAUAUAAUGAUUUAAUUAAAAAAAGAUUUGACGAUUGCAUUACCCCAGCCCAUAUUAUUGGUUUUUUAUUAAAUCCCAAAAAUUUGGAUUUACAACUAGAUUCUGAACUUGAGGAAGCAGGACGUACGUGGCUUUCUGAAGAAGUUUCGUCCGAUUUUUUACUACUACUUAUAAAAUUUCGGCUUAAAAUAUCUCCGUUUCCGAACAGUUUUUUUCAUGAUCAAAUGAGAGAACAACUAAGUUCCAUACAAUGGUGGGAGGCUCUUUUAAAAACCAAUACUGUAAAUUUAAAAUUUUGUGAAUUUUCCUUACAUUUGCAAAAAUGUGUUGCUUCGUCAGCCUCCAUAGAGAGAAUAUUUUCCAAUUUUGGAAUAAUACAAACCAAACUAAGAAAUCGUCUAGGAAUCGAAAAAGCGUCAAAACUUGUUGCCAGCCGACGAAUGCUCAAUAUGAUUGUUAGUCAAAAAGAAGACAUGGAUGAUUUUUAAUUUAAAAAUUUAUUUUACUUUUAUUUAGCCAGUUGUCAAUUUAAAAUUUAAUUUCGUUAAUUAUACAUAUACUGGCAAAGUCGCGAAGUAAAUGUGUUUAUUUUAUUCUGUUAAAAAUUUACAUUUUACUUUUAUUUCAUAAAGUUUAU